AUGAUCAACCCACGACAGAGAUGCGGUUGGAUGCGCUGGCUAUGGCCAGAAGCAAAGCACUUCAGACCCAUGAUGUUUGCUAGCUGCUACCUGAAACUCGGUGUUGUUGAGACAUGUGCCACGGAUUUCGGAUUAUGGAUUGCCGAACACCGCAGCACUGAGUCACCGGACCCUUCAAAAUAG